GCGCGUUAAGGCUGACGUCAAAGAUCCGUCAACAACCUUUCUAUGACGCUGGACUCUUGAGCUGCUACCGUAAAAUAACUCCGCCGCAUGAGUGGGCGCACGUCUAAAGCAGCUUUUACGAAAGCAUGGCAUCCAGAUUUUCAGCUGCGCGACCCAAACGCGCCGGGGAAGCCUUUGCGCGUGCGCACCACGCUCAGGACCGCGACCAGGACGGUCCCACCUCCAAGAAAGUGAAGUUUGAUCUCCGUAACCCAUCGGCUCUGGCGGCAGGCGCCGAGGAUGAAGAUGACGAAAACGAGGAUGUUCUCAGCGCAGAUGUUAUUGGCGGGUCACGGGCGACGAAACGCGGCGCGGUCAACAUUGAGGGUUAUGAUUCAGACUCCGAAAAUGAGACGUUCAACGCAAGGGCCGAGGCCAGGGGUAAGAAGGGAAAGGAGGCCGAAGAUGUCGACUUUGCCGAGGUCAUGGACAACUAUAAUAUGAAGGCAACCGUCGGCGACGGCGGCGUUGAGGACGAGGAGGUGGAUAUGUUUGGCGACUUCGACGCCGGUGAAAACACACUUGCCGACAGCAGCAAGACAGGGAGGAAAGAGAAAGAAGUCCGCUUCCUCGCCGACAAGGAGAUUGAGGGGCAAGAGACGAACAGCAAAAGUGGCGGCACAGUGCGGUUAGACGACAAGGAAGAGAGUGAAGACGAUGACGAUGACGACGAAGAUGUCGCUGCGGCCAUCGCAGAGCAGGACGUCGACGAAGAAGUUGGCUUGGGUGGCCUCAAAAAGCAUGCGCCCAAGAUAGACGCCUUUAACAUGAAGCAGGAGCAAGAAGAGGGCGCCUUCGACGAGUCGGGCAACUACAUCCGCAAGGCUGUCGAUCCCGAUGCGGUGCACGAUCGGUGGCUCGAGGGCAUCAGUAAGAAGGAGAUGAAGAAAGCGGCCGCUGCGCACGAGAAACGCGAGGCUGAGUUGCGGAGGCAACGGCGUGAAGACGACAACAUAUUGACGGGCGAGCUGUUCAAAUCACUGAUUCUCCGGCUGGAAUCGGGCGAGACGGCUCUGGAUGCGUUGGCCAGGCUUAGGAAGAGCCAGGUCAAGCCCAAAACUAAAACCAAAAAGCUGCCUAAAUGGAAACGGAAGAGUGCGCAAAAGCAUGGGACCGAAGCCGAGGAAGCCAUGGAUGUCGAUGCGACAAAGGAGCCUGAAGACUCCAAACAGGUCAGGAUCAAGGAGGCAAUCAAUGCCAUUGCCGAUGCUGCGGACAAGUUAAUCCAAAGGGACUACCCAAAUAUCUACGACAUGGAGAGAGAAAGGCUCUGUAGAGAGUACCGGAACGAGACUGGAGAAGCCUGGGUGGAACCCCCCGAGCCUGACCAGGAUGAAGAGAACAACAGCAACGGGGAAGCCAAAAUGUGGGAAUUCCGUUGGACAGACGGCCGCGACGGCGGCAAUAAGCAAGGGCCGUUUGACGGACCAACUAUGAAAGCAUGGCAGGACGCCGGCUACUUCGGCGAGGGAGUAGAGUUCCGACCGGCUGGAGAGGAAGCCGGAUGGAGUAGGGUUGCCACGUUUGUAUGAUUAUCUGUGUGACCCUGAGAUCAACGGGGCCAGGGUUGGGAAUACGCGGGAAAUGGGGUGUCGCAGACUCGCCAACAACAGAGCCUGUUGCGUCUAUCAAAGUCCAUUA